GUCAAUCCCCUAUGCGGAAUUUCUCCAACUCAUGAGGGUCAUGGAAGGACGACUUCACAGGGCCAUUACAGAUUUGAAGGGCGAAGUCGGCGACCUUAAAAAGGAAAUUGGAAACUUAAACAGCGAGGUUAGAGACCUCAAGAGCAAACUUACUGAAAAGAAUACACAGGUUACCGCCCUAACUGCAAAAGUUACACGUUUGGACAACAGGGUCCAGGAACCAACACAAACUUCGACCAAAUCCAGCAAAGUCAGUACAAACAUAAGGGCAGCAUUGAAGGCAGCGAUCGACCAUGCUGAAACUGAGAAAGGGUGGACUAUGGAGCCUAUGUUCACGUUGGAGUCCGCACAGAAUCGACAAGUUGUCAAAUACAUCUGGGACUUUUCUAAGGUGAUAGCUCCAAGCAUGACAAAACAGGAAUUUAAAGAUGGUAUGACCAGGAUCAUGUUAACGAAGAAAGAGAAGCUAUCCCGAACACGUAACGGAAAAGAGAAAGAACACACGGACGCGUCCAGAAAGAAUUCAAGGAAACUGACGAAAAGCAGAAACCGUGUAACUGGCAUUGAAAAAUCCGAACUACCUCAUCACACAAGGACCAAGUACAUUCGAGUAAUGAAAAAAACGCAGCUCAUGUCGUCAGAAGAGAGUUCGGUCGACGAGGAUGGCAACCGGGUCUUCAAUGUGAGAAGGAGGGACUGGGAGAGUCAUGAAAUGAGGGCCGCUAAAAAAGUGGCCGACGAGACAUUUAGUAAAACAACCAAGACAGCAGCGUCCAUCGUACCACGGACGAGACGAAUUACAGGCGUCUCGUCAUUUGCACCACCUCCUGCCUGGUUGCAGAAAGAAGACAGCUGGGUCAGCUCAGCACUGACAUACCAUGGAGUAGUUUAGAAUCAUCAUCAUUCAUAUCCUCAUCAGAACAUGCUUACUUACUUACUAAAAGGGGUGUUUUUAUAGGUUAGGAAUUUUAGGGUUUAUUGGCAGCUUGUUUUUUGUCCUUUUUUUUAAAUGCGGCCAAGUAGGCCUGGUUUGAUUAGAUAUAUGCUUAGUGCUUCAAAGGUUUAAAGUCAUGUAGGGGGUUCAGUACAGUCAUGUGAUUGUUGCAAUUUAGUGAGGAUUGGAGUGUUGUUUGGUCUGUGUUGCUGGUAAUGUGUUCCAUAAAGUAUUGAAUAGGGCGCUCUAAAUGUAAAUGUCACACGGGAAUAAUACGUGUUCGGGCGUUUCUUUUUAAGUUGCAGUGGGGGUAUUUACCGGUUUGGUGGUUUUUUUAAUUAGGUGUAGGUGAGAGCUUAACUUAGUGUGGCCUGUUUGUAGUUUGGUUAUUACUCUGUCAAUGUUUUUGGUUUUAUGAUGGAUAUGUUUUUUUGAGUGGCGUUUUAGUUUGCAAUCAUAUUUCUGAUUGUUAUUUUGCCGCUAUUUUCCUUUGAGAUACUUUUAAUUUCUUUUUUUUUAUUUUGGUAGGUUGAUGCUUGGGAUGCUUACUUCUUCUAAUUUUAGUGCUGAUUU